AUGGCGAGUCAGAAUCAGCCACCAAUUCUCUACGAUUGCUAUGCUGUGCAGCCAGUUGACAUCGUUCACGAACCUCCAAUUCUUCAAAAGCUGGUCGUCUCACAAGAUCCUACCCCAACCGAGAAACUCCUCAUCUCAUUGCAGAACAUCAUCAACCAGUACUCCUUGAGACUCAACGAGGUAACCAAGGUGGACGUGUCUGAUAAUUUCGACACACUCCAAGAUCUGUGUCUGUCCGUCGAAAGGCUCCAAACCGAAGCCCAGUCGUCACUGGACAAACGGAAAGCCGAUGUGAAGACGGUAAACAGACAACACGCCGCUUGCGUCACGGUCCUCCAUGACACGAUCAAGUCCUUUCGACCGGCCAGCGAUGUUAGCCCUAUCACGAGAAACAUCGCUGACUGCUCCAAGGAGAUACAGGCACACCUUAGCACUCUGACCUACGCAAUUACUGAUCUCAAGGACCAUGUCGACCAGCUCAACUCCGAUUUAGAUAGACUUCGCUCGAGAGAGCAACAAGCAUGCCUUCAUCGCAACCGGAAUAUCGAGCUCACGGACAAGGUCGUACGCCUGGGGCUCGAAGCAGCGGAACUAAAGGGUACCAAAUCUGACCUAUACUUGCAACUACAGACCUCUCGCAACAGUGGGACUGUGGCCCCCGCCGCUGCUACCAGGUCCAAAAAAGCGGUUAAACGUGUCACCCCCGCCUCCAAAGUCACCAAAAAGACCUCCAACGCAGCCAACAAGGCCAACAAGGCCCCCAAGGCCAAAAAGGCUCCCAAGGCCACCAAGGCCAAAACACCUCCCCCCCGCGAGGACAUCCUCGUACACGACACGUCAUCGGGUACCAUGAGCCCGGACCAGGUGGAUGAAACGCCCCCACCUACUAUCAAAGUAGAUCUUCAAGAAUUGAUAGCCCAGCUAUCCAAGGUCCAAGAGGAGCGAAACAAUCGCCAUCCUCACGAGGGCAGGGUUCAUAAGUCACGCCGCCACCACCGCCGCCACAGCCGCAGUCAUCGUCAUCGUCACUCGAACACAUCGAAUUCGGACUUAUUCGACUCUAAAUCGGACUGGGAGGAAAGAAGAGGGGUUCCCUUUCGUUAUAUAGAAGAUAAGAAGCCCUUUCUUAGUAUUGCUAAAAGGUUCCGAAGUGUGAACGUCAAGUACUUCAAACAAAUCUUCUUCGGGACCUUUAAGACCAAAAAUUUCGCCAAACUAGCUCACAUAUACACUACCCCGGCCAAGGAGGAUAAGGACGUCAAUGGCCAUAACCACAUGAUGCACUGCUUCCAUGUGUACUCGGUAGCCGCUGGCCGCUUUGCACACGUCAGCGUGAAGGAAGGCUUGAAUGAGGCCCUGCAUGCGUAUGCUAUUCGCCUACUACGGCUGCCCAUCACCUACAGAUUUAACUCCAUCCUCGCUUACCACCUCGCCUUUGUUACUGCACGUAUUCAGGGUGAUUAA